CAUUCUUCCAAGAAAAGCCACCAAAAUGCUUCAGAGAAGCUGUACAUGGGCGGCUUCUUAAAUGUAGGAUUUGAACUUGAUCGCAGAUCAGGAAUUUUCCAAACAGUAUUUUGCCAUGAGAAUAUGCACAGGCUUUCUGGCAGCAUAUGCCGUACUCGGAUUUGCAAACCCUACGAGACAUAAGACACACACACUGCCAGUCGCUCAUACAUGCAACGGCACGUAUACCGGGGUUCAUUCACCCACAUACAAGCAGGACUUUUUCCUGGGUAUUCCCUACGCGCAACCUCCAGUCGGUGACCUACGCUUCCGCAACCCUAAACCGUUGAAUAGUUCCUGGGAUGGUAUCCACAAGGCGGAUACUUACUCCCCAGCCUGCAUAGGUUAUGGUCCUUCACAAACGGGUUAUGAAGUCUCAGAAGAUUGCCUGUAUCUAAAUGUUAUCCGGCCUGAUGGCGUGGAUGCAGAAUCGAAACUCCCUGUCGCGGUCUGGAUACACGGUGGAGGUUGGGUUCAGGGUUCUGGAGUUGAUCUUCGCUACAACAUGUCUUUUAUUGUCGAGCAAUCUCAAGCCAUGGGCCGACCCAUCAUGGCUAUAACGCUCAACUACCGUUUGGGUGCAUGGGGCUUUCUACAAGGCUACGAGGAUGCUCAUAAUGGGUCGCUGUCUGACUCCGGCUCCAACUGGGGACUACGAGAUCAGAGGCUCGCGCUGCAUUGGAUACAAGAGAACAUUGGUGCAUUCGGAGGUGAUCCUCGUCAAGUGACCAUCUGGGGUCAGUCGGCAGGUGCUGCCUCUGUCGGUGUGCAUUUGCUUGCUUUCAAUGGACGUGACGAUUCGCUGUUUCGAUCUGCGAUUAUGGAGUCUGGCAAUCCUAUCAUUGUAGGAUCUAUAGACCGGUCAUAUCAAUCUUCGUACUACAAUCUCACCAUAGCAGCUGGUUGCAACAAUACGACUGAUGCAUUACAAUGCAUGCGCGAUCUUUCCUAUACGGCACUCAACACUGUCGUCAACACAACGCAAUUCGCUGGUAUCUGGACGCCUCAGCUUGAUGGAGAUUUGAUCGCGAGGUAUUCGAGCGACCAGCUUACGGACGGAGCAUUUGUUCGUGUUCCUAUCAUUGUCGGCGCCAAUUCAGAUGAAGGAACAAGUUUUGCGCCUAGAGGGUUAAAUACAUCGGAACAGUUUGUAGAAGCCUUGACAUCUGGCGCCUCGCGGAUGAACGCCACAAUUGCUCAGCAGAUCUUGGACGCGUAUCCCCUCAGAUCGCCUGAGCUUGAUCUCGCAAACCUCGGCCCGCCGGACUUCGUACCCCCAGCUUAUCCAUACGGUGAGCAGUACCGUCGCACUACCACGUACUACACAGACCAAACAUUUGUUGCAAACAGGCGCCUUACCUGUCAACUGUGGGCAGCAUAUUCACUCGACGCGUAUUGCUACCGUUUCAAUGCUAUACCGGCGUGGGCUGGACCCUACGAUGGUGCAACGCAUUUUGUCGAAGUGGCGUUUGCCAUGAAGAAUCUGGACGGUGUAGGAUACGCACCUGUCCGCAAGCCACCUUUCCAAGGCUUACCACAAAGCUACAGGGAUCUGGCCAGUCUUAUGGCCGGUGAUUGGAUCAGCUUCAUUGCAGCAGGGGAUCCUAAUAAGUGGAAUAAAAGCGAAGCUACCAAUGAUUCACAAGCGAGAAUUGUUGCAUGGACAGCCUACGACAACGGCACUCCAGAAAUUUUCGUUUACGAAGGUAAUGCAACGCGUGCAAUGGAGAACGACACGUGGAGAGCGCAAGGUAUUGAUCUCAUAAAUAGCCUCAACAAAGAGAUCUAUGGCCGUUGAUAUGUAGGAGAACAUCCGGUUUGGUGCUGCAGGAGAGAACAGCAGAUACCUUAUACUCAAAUGGAACACUUUUUGUUCUGAUUGUCACCUGUGUGUUGGUCGAGGAGAGGUUUCAAGGUUAUGCCAAAACCCGCACUGCUGUCAUAGCUGACUCCAU